AUGCACGCCUCCUAUCAAGCGAACAUUUCGAAAUCCAACACCAACUCAUCAUCGUCUGAGGCACCAAGAAUGAUGGUUCACUUUUACAUUGAAGAAGGUGUUGUGUCUUGUCCUUGGUGUGAUGUCGAUUUGGGAACCUUCUCUCCAAUCAUCAAUUCCGAACACACAAGUUGCAGUACCAUCAUGACUCGGAGUCAAACAUUUCAAGUGGUAUGGAUUCUUGAAUGUAGCGAAUGCAACAAGGUAUUUAAAUUAAACGUUGGUCAGAGAUCCACUCACAAAGUCUCACUGGCAUCUUCCUCGCUUCCCAAUCAAGGCUUAACUGCUGCUUCUUCAUUUUCUGAUGAAUAA